AUGUCGAGACAUUCGGCGCUGAGCAUAUUGUGCGCGAACAAUGCCGCCUGGGAAUCUGCUACGAGGAGGAUAGCCGGAUCUACACGGCGGACCUUCUCGUCUUCCGCCAGACGAAAUGCGGGUAUCGCACACUUCACACAGACCUCCUCCGCCGAGCUCGACGAGCUCCUCAGCACGAUCCGCCACAAGAUCAUCCUCCCAGCAUACCUACCGACGGAUCAGCGCAAGAAGAUCCUCUCGCCAAAAUACGAGAAGAAGCUCCAAUCAGACCCCAUCAUCAUCGAGAUCGACGGCGAGGUUCUGAAGUUCCGGUACCAGAACCCGUUCAAAGACAUCCCGCAGACGCGGCGCUCCAUCCUCGACGCCAUCGCGCUCUUCGAAACCCCCGACGACUUCGCCAACCUGCGCCCCCUGAUCGAGGGCGUCGCGUACGCGCGCCGCCGCUUCGACCAGGGCUUCUACUGCAAAAUAGUGCGGAUGCUCGGCGUCAAGGGGCGCAUCUUCGAAGCCAUCGAGCUGGCGCGCAUGGUGGCGCGGACGGGGUUCCGCCUCGAUUCGAGCGAGAAGGUCAACGAGGUCAUGCACUUCGUCGUGAUGAAGGCCAUCGAUGCGGCUGAAAAUCCGGUGGAAGAAACGGCCAAGGCUCUACGAUGGGCCGAAAUGGUGCUGGAGCUGCUGCAGCUGAAGGCGCAUCAGCCGAAGCGUCUGAAGACUGACCCGGUGGUCAAGGGAGAACUGCCGCUGCACAGGGACCCCAUGGUUCUCCUCGCGCCGCUCCAUCUCGCCGCGGCGCUGGUGUCGAAGCAAGGUGACGAGGUCGACGAAGCCGUAGUCGACAAGCUGGUCAAGUACGCGCGGGACGUAGCCAGGUUAUGGCCCGAAGGCAAGAACCUCUCCGAAGUGCAGCCGAAGGCACUCUACGAUGAAAUCGACAAGAUGGGAUACCUAAAGGAGCCCAGCAAAUUCCUCGCCAUAACCGCGCCUCUGCUACGGGGUCUCGACAUAGCCGUCGAGGUCCUCGAGGCCGACAACGCGGAGCUCGCGGCGCAGCUCCGAUCCCGUCGGGACGUUCUCGCGGUUGAGGUUCAGGAAGCGCGCGCGGAGGCGGCCGAGAAGAGGAGGGAGGCGGCCGAGGAAGCGGGCGCGGAGGCGGGAGAGACGAGGGGGGAGGCGGUGUAUCGGAAACUAUACGAUAAUGCUGCGUGA